ACAGACAAAGUCCUCUGUUUCCUGGACUACUUCUUUGCAUGCUAUAUCAUCCAUGGCUCCCAGUUCUACUUCUUUUGCCUAAUUCUCUUCUUAAUAACUUCUCUGUAUUCUAUCAUCCAUCCAUGGCUUCUAGCACUCCGGCCUUACCAUCACCUUCAAAAGUACUUCUAGGUGACAUAAUUACAACCACGAGUGGUGUUCCGCCGAAUUACAUAAGACCCGUUUCCGAACGUCCAAAUCUCACUCAAGUUCAAUCAUCUGAAGAUUCAUCAAUCCCUCUCAUAGAUUUACAAGAUCUUGAUGGUCCAGACCAUUCUAAGUUAAUCAAGCAAAUUGGCCAUGCAUGUCAGUAUGAUGGCUUCUUUCAGGUAAGUAAUCAUGGAGUGCCAGAGAUAAUUAUCGAGAAGAUGUUGCAAGUAGGGAAGGAGUUCUUCACGUUGCCAGAGAGUGAAAGAAUGAAGUGUUAUUCGGCUGAUACAUCGAAAACAACUCGACUGUCAACCAGCUUUAAUGUCACGAAUGAAAAGACCGCGAAUUGGAGAGACUUCCUGAGACUUCAUUGUUAUCCUCUUGAAGAUUAUAUCGACGAGUGGCCAGCUAAUCCUCCAUCAUUCAGGAAUGAUGUGGCGGAGUACUGUACGAGUGUUCGCGGCUUAACAUUAAAAUUACUAGGAGCUAUUUCAGAGAGUUUAGGUCUUAAGAGAGAUUACAUAGAAAUGGUACUUAGUAACCAUGGGCAACAUAUGGCUAUAAAUUAUUAUCCCCCAUGUCCUGAACCUGAACUUACGUAUGGACUUCCUGGUCAUACUGAUCCGAACGCCAUCACUGUUCUCCUUCAAGACGAUGUUCCUGGAUUACAAGUUCUUAAAGAUGGGAAAUGGAUCGCUGUUCAUCCGAUACCUAACACGUUUAUCAUUAAUAUUGGUGAUCAAAUACAGGCUAUUAGCAACGACAAGUACAAAAGCGUUCUUCACCGAGCCGUUGUAAACUGCGAUAAAGAGAGAUUCUCUAUCCCAAUUUUUUGUUGUCCGUCCAAGGAAGCUGUGAUUGGACCGGCUUCUCAAUUGGUUGAUGACGAGCAUCCCUCUCUAUAUAAGGAUUUCACUUAUAGCGAACUUUUUGGAAAAUUUUGGACUCAGAAAUUGGGAAACGAAAGUACUUUAGAUUUUUUUAAGACUACAACUUCUAAUAAUUAUCAAAACCAAAGGUGAACAAUUUGGAAAAUUCUCAAAACUUCAAAGAUAAAUCCUCA